UUAUAACCUUUUAAGCAAUACACGCGCUGUUGUCAAACAAAAAAAAAAAAAAAGAAGAAGUACAUAUUACAUUUUAUCUUUAAAUUAAAUAAUGCAUUUCGAGAGUAUUUUUAAUAAAAUAGAAUAUUUAUAAUAUGUACAUGCAAUUAUAGUGUUAAAGGAAAUUUUAUUUCUCUUAUAAAAUAAUGUCAGCAAUUAUUGACGAUAAAGUGGUUGAUGGAGCAAAAGAUCCAAAUGUUGUUAAAGAAGAUCCAAUUCUUAUUUUAACAGAAAAAGUGAAAUCACUUUAUCUAUUUCGUGAUCAUUAUUUUGAAAAUCAUGCAAUUGAAGAGGCAAUAAAUAAAAAUUGCGAUGUUGAAAAAGAAAUGAAGGAGACAUUAACGAAAUUCGACGAAUAUAAAGGAUAUGAAAUUGAUGGUGCAAGAGCAAAAUAUUAUUUUUUAAAGGGAAAAACACUUAAUGUAAUAAAUAGACAUGUACCGCAAGCCGAGGAAUUAUUAAGUAAAGCAGUGAAAUUAGAGCCAAAAUUAAUUGAAGCCUGGAAUGAACUUGGCGAAUGUUAUUGGAAAAAUGAUGAUAUUCAACAGGCGAAAAAUUGUUUUUCCGGCGCUUUGCCUCAUGGUAGAAAUAAAGUUUCAUUGAGAAAUUUAUCGAUGGUUCUGAGACAAGAACCAGCGUCACAGGAGCAAAGGAUAAAAAAUGUUCAACAAGGAGUUGAAUAUGCAAAAGAUGCUGUGAGUCUCGACACAUCAGACGGUACUUCUUGGGCUAUUUUGGGAAACGCCUACCUUUCUUCAUUUUUUACUGUUCAACAAAAUCCGGCUACAUUGCGUCUCUGUAUGUCCGCCUACAAUCAAGCCGAAAAAGACAUUAUUGCCAAAAGUAAUCCUGAUCUUUUUUACAAUAAAGCAGUGGCACUUAAAUAUCAAGAGGAAUAUAAAUCCGCACUUGAGUCUUUUGAAAGGUCGAUGUUACUGGAUCCAACAUGGGAUGUUCCUCGGACAAAGCAAGAGGAUCUCCUUCAGUACCUCAAAGACGUACAAACUUCACUUAAUAGUAAAGGGAGACUGAAACCCAAGAGGCUUCUUCAAAUGAUAAAAACACUUGAUUUAAAACAUUUAGGACCCUAUAGCGAUGGAUCCUAUACAGUUGGAAAUAAAACUGUAAAAUUGGAGAAAAUCUUGUUAAAAAAUUUAAUUCCUGGUGUAAAUUUAGAAAAAGUCAUUUUUGGAAAAGUUGUAUGCUGGAUUCAAGACUCAGACUGUGUGCCUUUUACAUUUUGCCUCGUCGAUAAUGAACAAACUUGUGUGGCUGUGACUGUUUAUAAUUUAGCAAAAGGACGAGGAGUCACAAAUGGUGAUUCAGUCGCAAUUCCUGAACCUUUUGUAACUCAUCAAAAAUUCUCUUACAAGGAACAUACAUUUGAUUUUAAAUCAAUAAGAGUCGAAACACCAUUGAUUCUUGUGGUGAAUGGAAAAAAAAUGAGCUGGGAACAACAGGCAGGAAUUCGAAUUUCCUCUAUGAAAAAAAGUGAUUAACUCUGUUUUUGUUUUAAGUUGAAUUAGUUUUUUAAAAAAAAGAUUCCUUAAAAUUCUAUUAGACAUCUUUACGUUAUAAUUUUAACUGGAAAAAAAAAUUAUUUUAUUCAAACAUUCAAUCAAUAGUAUUAAACAGUAAAAUAAAGACAAUUUUUUUAAUUGAAAAAAAGUUAAAAUAUAAACAAACAAUUUUAGAAGAAAUUAAAAAAACUUAUUAAAUUCAAAACAA